UUUACAUACAACAUUAAUAGCGCCGUAUAGCAGUUGUUGACAGAGCUUUUUGGAGUGGAGUGGAGCUUUACUUUAAUCCAGCUGAUUGUUAGCAUUUAACGGCGAUCCUUUUAAGAAAUGUCCGCUUUAAAUAUCUGAAAGCAGUCAGGGUGAAACAGGGGGAGGCUGUUUGUGGAGGAGCGUUUCGACACGACUGAAGAACUGAAGAAAAAGAAAUGUGACGGGCAGGCACGAAGAGUAACUAAAGCUGACGAUGAGCGGACAAGUACGGAGCCAAGUGUAUCCCGAGGUGAGAGACACCAUGCUGUGUUGGGGAAAUGCUUCCUAUGGACAGCUGGGACUGGGCGGGAUCGACGAAGAGAUCGUGGUUGUCCCGCGAAAGUGUGAGUUCUUUCACGGUAAGCGGGUGAACGGCGUGGGGUGCGGCCGCAGACACACGGCUUUCCUGCUGGACGAUGGCACCGUUUACACUUGUGGCUGUAACGACUUGGGGCAACUGGGACACGAGAAGUCCAGAAAGAAACCAGAGCAGGUAGGGGCCUUAGAUGCUCAGAUCAUCGUGGCUUUGUCCUGCGGAGAGUCCCACACGCUCGCCUUAAACGACAAAGGGCAGGUUUUCUCCUGGGGGCUCGGUUCAGACGGACAACUGGGCUUGAAUAACUUUGAAGAAUGUAUCAGAGUCCCGAGGAACAUAAAGAGUCUGUCGGAGGUACAGAUCGCCCAGGUAGCCUGUGGCUUCUGGCACUCCCUGGCUCUAGCAAGAGGUGGGCAGAUCUUCUCCUGGGGUCAGAACCGAUCCGGUCAGCUGGGGCUUGGAUUAGCGGGACAAAGCAUUCCCACACCUCAGAUGGUUCAGUCCCUGCAGGGCAUUCCUUUCGCUCAGCUGUCAGCAGGUGGCGCUCACAGCUUCGCGCUCACGCUCUCUGGAGCCGUGUUUGGUUGGGGCUGCAACAAGUUCGGCCAGCUGGGUGUCAACGACACCAAUGAUCGCUGUUUCCCAACCCUCCUCAAGUCAUUAAGAUCACAGAGGGUGAUCUAUGUCUCCUGUGGAGAAGAUCACACAGCCGUGCUCACCAAGGAAGGAGGUGUGUUUACCUUCGGAGCAGGGGGAUACGGACAGCUGGGGCAUAACUCUACCAACCAUGAAAUCAACCCCAGGAAGGUGUUUGAGCUCAUGGGGAACGUCGUCACACAGAUUGCAUGUGGGAGGCAGCACACACUGGCUUUCACUCCUGCCUGUGGGAAGAUGGAUUCAUUCGGGUUGGGGGGUAACGGGCAGCUGGGUACUCGCUCCACCUGCAACAGGAAAAGCCCAGCCCCGGUCAAAGGCCCCUGGGCUGCCUCCAGUGCUGCAGAGGAAAAUGAUGCUGAUCAGAGCUGCUUCGUCAAAAGGAUUUAUGCUGGAGGAGAUCAGAGCUUUGCUCAUUAUUGCACUGUUAAUGACCCUCAGGAUAUGGACAAUAUGAGAAUGGAGAACCUUUCAGGAAAGAUUUGCACCCUGAAUGAGGACGUUGUACAGAAAUGGCUGAAUCACUCGGCGGCAAGACUCCCAGCAGACGUAUCCAAUGAGAUCGACCUGGUGUUCUCCUCUGCAAGCUGCCUCAACGGAUCGUUUUUGUCAACGAGUCAUCCAGGUCACUUCUGUACCAGCAGUAAAUACUCUGGGGUGGAUAUGAACACGGCUCGCCUCCUUCUCCACAGACUGAUUCAACAAGACCAUCCAAAGAUUUCCCAGCAGGUUGCUGCCAGUCUGGAGAAGGACCUGAUUCCCAGAUUAACCAACUCUCCUCCAGACAUCGAAGCUCUGAGGCUCUACCUAACGCUACCAGAAUGCCCGCUCUUCAGCGACCGCAGCAAUUACAUCACCAUCACUAUCCCCUUUGCCAAAUGUGUCAUCAGUUUGAAAGAGGCUCCGCUGAAGGUGCUGGGAAACUGGUGGUCCACCUUCGAGCCCAUGUUCUUCCAGCGCCUGGUGGAUCUGUACAAAGAUGUGGUGGUGUACCUGCUCCAGAUGCACAAGGUGGGCAUUCCUCUGGCCGAGCAGAGGAUCUUCUCCUGCUUCAUGGACACGGCACUCAGCUUCCUGGAGAUUCUGCACAAGGUGAACGAGAAAGCAGGAAGCAUCAUCCAGUACGAUAAGUUCUACAUUCAUGAGCUGGAUAAUCUGAUAGACAUCAGAAACGACUACGUCACGUGGAUCCAGAGGCAAAUGUACCCAAUGGGUCGAGACGGCGUGGUGACUCUCUGCAAAUACCCCUUCGUAUUCGACGCUCAGGCGAAAACGGCGCUGCUGCAGACAGACGCCGUCAUUCAGAUGCAGAUGGCGGUGGAUCAGGCCCAGCUGCAAAACUUCAGCUCCAUGUUCCUGCCAGCCGUCGAAUCCGUCAACCCCUGUCUCAUCCUGAUCGUGCGCAGGGAAAACAUCGUUGGAGACACAAUGGAGGUCCUCAGGAAAUCCAAGAACGUCGACUACAAAAAACCGCUCAAGGUUAUCUUCGUGGGAGAAGAUGCAGUCGAUGCUGGAGGCGUCAGAAAGGAGUUCUUCCUCCUGAUCAUGAAAGAGCUGCUGGAUCCCAAAUAUGGGAUGUUUCGCUACUACGAGGAAUCCAGACUCAUCUGGUUUUCACACAAGACCUUCGAGGACUUUGACUUGUUUAACCUCAUUGGGGUCAUCUGCGGUCUGGCCAUCUACAAUUUCACCAUCGUGGAGCUCAACUUCCCGCUGGCGCUUUACAAGAAGCUCCUGAAGAGGAAACCGACGCUGGAAGACCUGAAGGAGCUAAUGCCAGACGUAGGAAGGAGCCUGCAGGAACUACUCGACUACACGGAGGAUGACAUAGAAGACACUUUCUGUUUGAAUUUCACCAUCACGGAGGAUAACUACGGCGCCACCGAGGUCUUAGAAUUGGUACCAAACGGUGAGAACAUCAAUGUCAAUAAGUCGAACCGGCAGGACUUUGUGGACGCCUACGUCGACUACGUCUUCAACUCCUCCGUAGGGCCGCUGUUCGAAGGCUUCUACGCAGGCUUCCACAAAGUGUGUGGCGGAAAAGUUUUAGAUCUGUUCCAGCCCAGCGAGCUCCAAGCUAUGGUCAUCGGAAACACCAACUAUGACUGGACAGAGCUAGAAAAGAGCACUGAAUAUAAAGGAGAAUACUGGGCUGAACAUCCAACCAUAAAGCUUUUCUGGGAGGUCUUCCAUGAGCUUCCAUUGGAAAAGAAAAAGCAGUUUCUCUUGUUCCUCACAGGAAGCGACCGCAUCCCCAUCCUGGGCAUGAAGAGCCUGAAGCUGGUGAUCCAGCCCACCGGUGGAGGCGAGCAUUACCUACCUGUAGCUCACACCUGCUUCAACCUCUUAGACCUUCCCAAAUACACCAAUAUAGAAACACUCAGAGAGAAGCUUCUACACGCCAUAGAUCACAAUCAAGGCUUUAACCUGGCCUGAUGCAGGAACGCCACUUCAGUUUGAACUUUCCGACGGCGGACACAUUCCCAGAUGUUUUGUUUUCAACAAACCUGCCAGAACUGGCCGGUCUCUGGAAGGAGGAAGCUGAUUGAUCAAAUUUGGUUUUUGCCAUUACGGAAUCCCGACGGCCAAGCUCAGGUCUGAUGUAUGGCCACUAGAUACGCUUUUAUUCACGUUUGAGCCGGAUUUCUGCUGUAAAUGAUUGAAAAACAAACAGAACUCCUGUAAAAACAAUGAAACAGGGAAAACUGACAGGUUGCAUUAAAUUAGGCGGUGAUGUCAGCCGCACACGACGAAAAAUUAUGCAGAGUUUGCAUCGUAUCAGGAGCCAGUCUGCAUUUUCCAGGAGUUCUGUUCUUGUAAACAUGUUUGUGGCGUUUGGCCGAGAGGCAUUCGAGUGCAGGCUCUGUUUCUGUGGCUGUUUGCCUUAAACUAUCCACAAUAAAUUACAAAACCAACUGCAGCCAGUAAAAAUAAAUAAAAUAAUUUCAGGUGGUGUUUAACGAUGGUUGUGUAGAGCCUGAUUUCUU